AUGUCCCGAGAAGCCCUCACCUUCCCCCCCUCCAACCGCACCUUCCUAGAGCCUCAUCUCCCCCCUAACAAUGACACUGAGCUCCCCAAACCCAACCUCCCCUUCACAACCCUCACAUUCGCAACCUCCCUAGACAGCUCUCUAGCCCUGGCCCCAGGGACCCGGACCACCCUCUCCGGCCCACAAUCCAAGGCAAUGACACACUAUCUCCGUUCCCGACACGAUGCCAUCCUAAUCGGCGUCGGGACAGCGGUCGCCGAUAACCCGGGGUUAAACUGCCGCAUCGAGGGUGUCGGGGGCUACGGCGGGGAGGGAUUAGUCGGCCAACCGAGACCGAUUAUCAUUGAUCCCCGCGCGCGAUGGGAUUUCACCGAGCAAUCGAAGAUCCUGGAACUGGUGAAAGAGGGGAAAGGUCGCGCUCCGUUUAUUGUCACUUCUGCUGGCACGGUCCCGGCUGCUGAGAAGAGGGCGUUGUUGGAGAGCUACGGGGGGAAGUUCAUUCCUCUUGAGCUCUUUGUUGAUGGACAGGGGGAGAGGCAGUUGGAUUGGGCUGCGGUGCUGGAAUCUCUGAGGAAUGAAGACUUAAAGAGUGUCAUGAUUGAAGGGGGUGGGACGGUUAUUAAUUCGCUGCUUGAACCGCAGUCGGCGCGUCUUGUUGACUCGGUUAUUGUUACCAUUGCGCCGACAUGGCUGGGACAGGGAGGUGUUGUCGUUUCGCCGAGACGUAGGGUUGAGGGGGGUCAGCCGGUGCCGGCGGCGAGGCUGAAGGAUGUUCGGUGGUAUCCUUUUGGGGAGGAUGUCGUGCUUUGUGGGAGGGUUUAA